UAUCGGAUACUUUGUGAAAGAAAAUGGUAUUGUUGUGUCGUUUACUUAUCCGGUUGCAAGGAGAGUCAUUCAUUGUUUUGCCUUUGAGCGGCAUGUGUGUCUCCGCGGCAUGCAUCUCAUCCACAGCCCGUGCCUGUUCUGAUAUCUCUGCUCUGUCUGGCAAGUGCAGCCUAUGUUGGUCUCUCGGUUAGAUACGCAGCUCGAUUAAUGAGGGAAUGUAAGGAUAUGUGAAAAUGUAAAGGUUUGAUCCGGUAACGUAAAAUCAUAUUUUUUUGGUGACUGAUUUGGGCAUCGAUACACCAGCAACAUGCUACUAGUUAGCAGGAUACAGCUAUGUACUUUGGUCAUGAGUUAAGUGCUAUUCAUUUGAUGGGAAUGCUGGUAAUCCCACUGCUUUUUUAAAUGCUACUGUGCUACUUUGAACCGCUUGAAAGUCGCCCAGGGAGUUUUAGAUGUGUGUUUUCAUUUUGCCACUAUGUCAAAAUAUGUUCGCCACGCGGGUUUGCACUUAUGGGACUUGUCAAGCCUUCGGCCAUUUGAUUGGCUAAGCAGGCCUGUCAGUCAGAACGUGUUUCAACAUAUCUCCACCUACUCUCUGUUAGCGCCUUUACCUGAUGGUGUUGUUGUUUACCCUAUGGUGAAUGAAUCUGCUAGCAAUACGAUGUUACAACGUUAAUGUUGAUAGUAACGUGUUUAUCUGUGUUUAGAUAUGAGUUCCGGGAGUCGUCGGCGGCAGUUGUAAAGGAUGGUGCCCAGCUUCACGAUGACUGGAGGCGGGUCUGGUGGUACAGGUUCAGCCCCUGCCUGGGCGGGGUAUUUGGGAAAAUCCCAGGACCCCCCUGCUCCUCCCCAGACAUGCCCGUGGUGCGAGGCCAAGGGACAGACCGUCACACUGCGUACCUAUGCCAUCAACCUGCACGAGACCAUACGCCUCUGCCCCAGCCCUAUGUGUAUAUUUCCCCUGGUUAGCAGGCCCCUGGAUGUGGUGCUGGCAAGUCUGUCCUCCUCCUCCCCCACCACUCUCCCUGCCCAGCCCCUGUCCGACCACCACACACCCCCCUCCCCAGAAUGCCCAGACGUCCUCACCCCGCCUGCCAAGCGGCCCAGAACACAAGAAGCCUGCGCUCUCAAUCUCAACGGCUCUGAUGUCAACACCAGAACCGCAGACGCCUCGUUGGACACUUGUUCCGCAGGAAUAACCGGUUCCACUGCCAAAGAGAACAUGCGGAGGCAGAACGGUUUUGGUGAGGGCGAGACGCACAUCGUUCAUGAUGGCGAAGACGACGGCAUGAUGAUUGAGGCUGGGCCGUCUCCUAGGAAACAUGAUGAUGAUGAUGAUGAUGGUGGUGGUGAUGAUCGCCAUGGCGAUGGCUUUAGCAGGAUGGAGGGGUGCAUGUCCGGAGAGGAGAUGGAGACAAGUGGAGCGGGCAGCACCAGCAGCGCAGAAGGAGGAGGAGGAGGAAGAAGAGAGGACUCUCACACACUGGCCACGUGUGCGUCGUCCUCUGGCCCCGAGCUGCUAUGCUCUGACAUUCGGACGCCCGUCAAGCCAGCUCAGCAGGAGGCCUCGGGGGUAACCGCGACAACGGAGACAGCGGUGGAGUGCCCCGUUGCCCAUGGCGGCGGCUCAUUAAAGGGCGUGAGCGAUCAUCUGGAGUCCUCGUCUUUGUCCUCCUCCUCUUCCUCCUCUGGGCCGUACGCCACAGUAACUGGAGCGGCUGUGGCAAUGGAAGAGGAAUGCCCUGGCUCGCGGCGACGUGCGGCAAAGAACACAGAUGAGCUCCAACCCUCCAAUGCAGCGACGACGGCGAUGACUGUGGUGGUGACGGCGGCAGCAGCAGCAGCAGCGGACGAAUCCUCCAGCAGCUAUGCUCCGGGCCAUCCCCAACCCUCUGAGGCAUUGUCGUCCACCUCAGCGAUCCCGGGGAUGAAGACUGUAGCGAGAGCUGAAUGCCACAGUGCCACAGACAACAGCUUGUUAAAGAGCAUGGCUGACUCCCAGUCCUCUCUGCUGGGGGAAGUAGCAACUGAAAAGUUGACAGCAGAUGGAAUAAAGGUUCAUCUCAAGUCCUCUGAUCCAUCCGCAGUGGUAGGGGGACUGUCGGCGAAGUUGCAAACAGAUGGUAUAAACUCUGAUCUUCAGUCCGUUGAUCCAUCCUCCGUGGUGGGGGCACUAGCAGGAAAGUUACAAGCAGAUGGAAUGAAGUUUGGUCUUCAGUCCUCCGAGCCAUUGUCAGCUGCCAAAGUCCAGCCGUCGUCGUCGUCCUCCUCCUCCUCCUCCAAUGCCGAUCAGAAAUUGUCCCCUACCGGUGAUGCCAGCUGGCUGGACGCUAUGCUGGUGGCCCUGUGCCAGUGCCGGGCCCUCGCCGCCCCGAGGGACAACAAGCGGAGACGCGGACGGAAGAGGAAAGGCGCGGAGUGCACAGAGCCGCACGUGAUGGAGCUGUGCUCCCGAUACCGCAGCGCCUCGGCCGCCCUCCAGCCCGACCGGGAGACGGAAGCUGACCUACUUCGAGAUGUGGAGAUGAAGUUGUCUGAGCUGCGCUCAUCUGCUCUGCAGCUACUUCAGAAGCCCCUUCAGCUCAGACUCGAGCUAACUCGUCGUACAGAGGCGUCUCCUGCACUAUCACUCCCUGUGCUUCUGGAUCAGGACGAGCAGGCAAAGGAUGUGUUCCAGCACUCCGUAUCCUGGGAGAGCCAGUGCUAUGCAUGCGGCUGCAGCUCUGACAGCCGGUGCAGCAACACUGUGACUGUCCAUGCCUAUCUGUUGUCUGGCUUCCAUCCUCUGAGUGCCCCUGUCCAGAUCACAUGCAGCCGCUGCCAGACCAACCUGCAGAAGAAAAUCCUGAAGGAGAGUCUACCUGUGGUGUUUGCGGUUCACUUUGAUGAUGGUCUGGCAGAGGACGUUGUGACGGCGUGUUCGUUUGGCCCUAGUGAUGGCCCGUAUGUCGCCACGGUGGUGAUUGAGCACAGGCGACCCGAGAACAUCUUUGUGUCAUGGAGCCGACAACAAGAUGGGUCCUGGAGAGCAUAUCGAGACUUUACAGACGUAAGGGGCACACCUCACCCAAAGCUGGACAUCCGUGCCAAGGACAUCCACCUUGUCUUCUGGGAGGUUGAGCCAAAAGACCCACCUAAACCCGCAGCACGGAAGUCGGCCAAAGCACCUGUGACAGCAAGGCGGCGUAGAGAUCAGAAGGUGUCCUCCUCACUGGACAGUCAGACAGAAGAAGAGCCGCCCUCGUCAGUUCUACUCUCCAAACCACAAAGAGCCACGCCCUCAUCGCUCUCCAGCCAGGCAGGGGUUAAACCAGCCUCGUUGCUAUCGAGACACACCGUGGAAGAUGGAAUCACAUCUGAUGCAGGUUUAACAGUUAAAGAAGCUUCCUUGUUGGCAGGCCAUGAAACAGAAGAUGAGGAUGAUCAUACACCUUUGUUAUUGGUUCAAGAAGCCUUGUCGCUAUCGAGACGCACAUCGGAAGAGGCAGCAGACGUGCCUGUUGAGGAGGCUUUUAAUGUUCCGUUGUCAUCCGAUAGUCCCAUGGAAGAUGAAGUCAUCUCAUUAUGUGACAGUCAGACGUUGAAGAAAGCUCCCUUGUUACCAGCCGGGCACGAACAGGAAUUAAACCCCUUAUCCUCAGCCUGUCACUCUGUAGAAACUGCCUCCUCAUCAGGUAACACUGAGAAUAAGGCAUCUUUGUUGCAGAACAGAGACCCACAGAACAAAGUCCCUGCAUCGCAAGACCAACCGACUAAGGACUUAUCCCUCUUGUCCUUGCACGGCACAGUGGAAGAGAGAAUGGGAGAAACACUGCCCUCAGACGACUUCUCUCUAUCGUACCCCCACGAGGACACAUUUGCGGAGGCCCUUAGGCCAGGUGACCCCAACGCCAGUGCCAUGGACACCUCCAUAGGGAGUACUACACUGCUGGAGACGUUUGAAGGACUUUCUCAUAAUGACAUUGUCUCCCUCACUACGGAAACGCCUUCGGGGAAGGCCAGGGGUGGCGCCUGGACGGCUCUUCAGAACUCUGCUGCGGUGGCAAGAGGUGUGUCUAAAGGUGACAACACAAGACAACCAAGAGGUGGGUCCGAGGAAGGCCAAGUAGUCGCACCCUCCAGUCCACACUUAGUGAGACGCAGCAGAAGGCUGGAGGUGAAACGAGAGCAAGAAGAGGAGGAGGAGGAGAAGAAGCAUGAACAGGACACGAAAGACGGUGAACAGGGAGGGGUGGAGCUUGGACAGGAAACUGCCCAGUGCAGCACCAGGAAAGUCACACCCCACAAACAAGCCCCCAAGAAGCCCGUCGUCUGUCUCAGGUCCCUGAGUUUGUCGGCACAGACCCUGGCAAGCCAUAGUAACACCGUGCUCAUCCCAGCGGAUCACACACACACCACCGCGGAUGCUGGUGUUGGAUCUGGACAAAGUCCAAAUUUAGAGCAGAACACGCCGUUGCCCAGUGGGCCGAUGAUCAGCCCAGUAGUGGUUAAACCGAUGCCAGGUAGAACCCUGAAUCGGCAGAACUCCACUGGCACUUUGCAGCAGCAACCCCCUUCACAGCACUCCUCUCAAGAAACCACAGACGCUGGCCUGAAAACCCCAAACAGGCAGGCGUCUAAAUGUGUAGUUAUGCUGAGCCCAUUGCAGCAGAACAAAAUUCUGUUACAGAUGCUGGCGAAAGACAGGGAUGCACACAACCCCCCAACGACAAUCACGGAGGUAUCCCUCACCUCGUUACAAAAACAAAAAGUAGCCCUACUCUCGCCAACAACACCCAAGCCCAAGUCACCCAUCGUCAUCCCAACAUCAACCCCAACGGCUUCAAAAGUAACAAUACGCAAUCCAAGACCACCCAAGUCAACUAAAGUAAGCCCUCCAAAUGCACCUUCACUAUCAGCAACAGCUCCUGGCUCAAAGCCUCUACCUCAAACACCACCUGUGAAGCAAGGCCCAGUUCAGCAAAAGCCACCCGCGAAGCAAGGCAAAGUUCGUGACACUCCACCCAGCAUCCAUCUGUCUUUGGUCGAACCUACGGCUCAGAGUCCUGCAAAGCAAGGGCCGCUUCUUAUUAAACUUACUCCAGAAUCGCUGGGUAUGCACAAACCUGAAGUGCAAACUGCACCCUCCAUGCACAAAGAAACCGCAAAGCCCACAGCUGUGCAGAAUCCUACUGUGACAAUGGACGCGAGGAGUCUGCCAGACACACAGAUACAAACGCCAACAGAGACACAGCCGGCACAAGCAAUGCACACUCCUGAAAAGACGGGGGCUGGGAAUAUAAAGCCACCAAUGCCUUCACUGCAACCACUGCUAGCCCCCCAACCCCUGCCAAUUCAAAAUAAAGUGCAGCCCCCAUCACAAAUAUUACCAGUGCAAAACUCAGUACAGCCACCAGAACAAACUCAGCUGGUUCAUAACUCUCAUCAGCAAAACCCACCUCUGAAGCCACUACACACCCCGUCAGCACAAAACGCUGACACGCACAACCCACUACUGCAACCAGUACCAACAAUCAGUACAAUCCAAAAUCAAUAUGACCAAACCACAAUGGACACCUUGCCACUCGACACCAUUAUCACCCUGAACCUGGACAUAGAAAUGGCGCCUCCGACGGACGCAGAGCCUGAGCACCCACCAGAGUCGGCAAACCCAGUCGUACAGAAUCUAAAUGUAAUGGCAUCCCAGAACCCAACACCCCCAACAGCAUCAUUGACUGCCUUGCCGCCAUGCCUCUCCACAGCCUCAGACCCAAAGAAAAUUCUGCAGUCGCUAGAAUACCCUACCUUUUCAGAGAAUUUGAUGCCGCUACCCUCAAUGACUGAGGCCAGUGCUGUUGAAACACCAGGUCUUCAAACCCCUCUCUCACAACCUACCAAAUUAAUGUCAGUUCCUCCAAUGACAACUAGAGACAGCUUGCAAAGCCCCGCCCAAGCAGCACCAACAGACAGCUGGUCGGCCGAGGACACAGAGAUCCCAUUGAACCUGGACACGGAGAUGGACUUUGCUGAACAAAAUGAAACGGAGGACGAGGCAGAUGAGUCUGACCUUAUCCUGCCCUCUAUUGUGAAGCCCCAUUCCCAAAUGACUGUCCCCAAGUCUGCUGCGGUGGACACAUCCACAUUGCAGCCCCCCAUCUCUCCCGCACCCACUCCUUCCCCAGCCUCUUCCUUGUCUAGCGUGUCCCACAAAUCUAAGCCCUCUCCCCCACCAAACCAACCAUCGACCAUACAGCAGCAGAAGCUGCAGCCCAGUGUCACAGUGUCCAAGGAGAAAGAGGAGAGCUCUAAGGUGCCGACCUUGCCCAAGGUCACACUGCAGCCGACGUCUUCUCGACCCCACAUGUUCAGCGGCUUCAAGUUCCACCAGCCUAGCGUGCCUGGGGACGAGUUGCCAUUGUCUGGGGCAACCGCUGCCUCCUCGUCGGCAGCAACCGGACCCACAGCUCUACUGAACGGUUUUGUCUCCAGGCAACCAGUCUCAAGGCCGUCGGUGGCCAUGCCCCACCCCAGCCUACCCUCUCAUGCUCCAGCUCCCAAACCCAAUGCCUCUCUCGGCAAGAUGGCUGCCAAAUCUUCUUCGUCGCCACCCCUGACUGGUCUGGCAGCACUGGUAGGCGGGAAGAAGCCGGGAUCACUGCCAACGGGAGCGAGGCUGAUGGGAGAAAAGACCUCACCCCCUGGUGGCCAGGAGGACAGCAAAUCUGCAGCCAUGCGUCUCAAACUCCUGAAGAAGCUCAAAGCCAAGAAGAAACAACUGGCCAAACUGGACCGCAUGAUGCAGCAAAGAGGGGGCGGUGCCUCCCAGUGCCACAGUGCCCCGCCCAGUGUGAUGGGUAACUCCUCCAUAGACACCAGCCCCACAGGCUCAACCCACCUGCUGUCGCCACCUGCAGCCAGCACCACCACCCCUUCUCCUGCCUCCUCUGAUGGAACGGAGAUUCUGGAAAUGCUGGCCGGGGGAGGGGGAGGAGGGCUGGAUGCCCUCAUGGGGGUCCCGGAGAGACUCCACAACGUGGCUAGGGGCCCCCACAUGGCAGCCACAGGGGCCCCGGCGGGAGGAGGGGGUGGUAGUAGUGACUUCACAAAUAUUGAUGACUUUCUGGAUGGUGUCAUCUUUGAUACCAGCGUAGGGGCGGAGAAAGAAGUGGAGAACACAGACUUCGACUCACUAGACAUGUUCUUUUAAGGCUGAGAUGUGUUUCUUUGAUGGAUGGGAUGAUGUGGUUUUACCCGCUACCAUACACUGUACAUGAGGAGGGCAUGUCCUUAUCAGAGAGCUCUUAUGUUUGACUUUCUCAACAUGUUCCUUAGAGUACUAAGAUAGAAUGCGCUUUGUCUCACACAUGUCCUAUGGUCUGUUGUAUGAAGAUCUUGUCCAUUGUGUGUUGAACUGUUGGGUGAUAUUCAUGUACUUUCAAUGAGAGAGAUGUUUGGUUACAUACAUGUCCUUGUAAGUAAAGAGUGGUUCUGUUGGGCUACAUGCAUGUUCUUUAAUUGAUAAGAGAGUAUCUGUUGAGCCUUAACUUGCACCAUCAAAAACUGUUAUUGUGAGUGACAGUAUACACAAGUAGCGUUGUGCACUUAUUGUGAAUAGCUAAUUUAUAUAUUUUGUACAGAAGUAGUUUCUGUUAUGUACAUAAAGAAAACAAUUUGUUUAAAUGUUAUUAAAGUAAAGUGCGUUUAAAAUAAAUCUUUGUUUUUUCAUAUAAAUAAAAAAUCAAUCCAAAUACAAGA